GCGCAGUGAUUCAGCAUCGCAAACGCAGACUUUAAUCCUUCUCUUUUUAUUUCAACUACCUUUCUUUCUUUACAUCUGUUUGGUUCGUCCUCACAGUGGUCUAUAAAACCGUCGCCUACCGGCAUGUUUUGAACAGGACUGGACUGUCACCGGACCGGGAACGUCGGACGGGCAGCUGGCACGGAAUGGUAUUUAUGAACAGACGUUUCUUAUAUAACUGCAGUGCUCCUGUCCUGGAUGUGAAGAUUGCCUUUUGUCAGGUGUGUGUUCCAUACAGGUAAAUUAAAAGGGGUUUGGCAAACAAGUUGAUGUUUCUUACAUUGCCCAGCAUUACAACAUGAGCAAAAGCAAAGUGGACAACCAGUUCUACAGCGUGGAAGUAGGAGAUUCCACCUUCACGGUUCUCAAACGGUACCAAAAUCUAAAGCCCAUUGGUUCUGGGGCUCAGGGAAUAGUGUGUGCUGGAUAUGACGCCGUCCUGGACAGAAAUGUGGCCAUUAAGAAACUCAGCAGACCCUUUCAGAACCAGACUCACGCCAAGCGAGCAUACAGGGAGCUGGUGCUUAUGAAAUGUGUCAAUCACAAAAACAUCAUCAGCUUAUUAAAUGUCUUCACACCACAGAAGUCUUUGGAGGAAUUCCAAGAUGUUUACCUGGUCAUGGAGCUGAUGGACGCAAACCUUUGCCAGGUGAUUCAGAUGGAACUGGACCACGAGAGGAUGUCCUACCUGCUGUACCAGAUGUUGUGUGGAAUCAAACACCUGCACUCAGCCGGCAUCAUUCACAGGGAUCUGAAACCUAGCAAUAUUGUGGUGAAAUCCGACUGUACGCUGAAGAUCUUGGACUUUGGGUUGGCGAGAACCGCCGGCACUAGCUUUAUGAUGACGCCCUACGUGGUGACACGGUACUACAGGGCCCCAGAGGUCAUCCUGGGCAUGGGCUACAAGGAGAACGUGGAUAUUUGGUCAGUUGGUUGCAUCAUGGGAGAAAUGGUGCGCCACAAAAUCCUAUUCCCCGGCAGGGAUUACAUCGACCAAUGGAAUAAGGUUAUAGAGCAGCUCGGCACGCCCUCUCCCGAGUUCAUGAAGAAACUGCAGCCGACGGUGCGUAACUACGUGGAGAACAGGCCAAAAUAUGCUGGCCUGACCUUCCCCAAACUCUUCCCUGAUUGCCUCUUCCCCGCAGACUCGGAGCACAACAAACUCAAAGCGAGUCAGGCCAGAGACCUGCUGUCUAAGAUGUUGAUCAUUGAUCCCGCUAAGCGGAUAUCAGUGGACGAGGCCCUCCAGCACCCCUACAUCAAUGUGUGGUACGACCCGGCCGAGGUGGAGGCAGCCAGGAAUCAGCAGAUAUCUAUGCCUCCUCCACAGAUCUAUGAUAAGCAGCUAGAUGAGAGGGAACACUCCAUUGAUGAAUGGAAAGAGCUCAUUUAUAAAGAGGUGAUGAACUUCGAGGAGAGAACAAAGAAUGGUGUGGUGAAGGGACAGCCCUCUCCCUCAGGUGCAGCCAUGAACAGCAGCGAGAGCCUCCCCCCCUCCUCCUCCGUCAACGACAUCUCCUCCAUGUCCACCGACCAGACCCUGGCGUCCGACACCGACAGCAGCCUGGAGACCUCCGCCGGACCCCUGGGGUGCUGCAGGUGACUAACCGCCUGCCUGCGCAACCCCGUGUUCUUCAGAAGGUGAACCCACAAACCUCGGAAAAAUGUAAUUAACGCAAUCAAAUUUAAAACAUGAGUUAAUAUGCGUAAAAUAAUGUACCAUGAGUAAAUGACGACAAAGUGUGCAUUUUCAUUCUGAAUAUGUAUAUGUAUGAAUCUUCACUAGUUGCUUUGCUUUGAAUCCCCUCAUAUGGCAUCCAAAAAAAUAACGAGACUUAAAAAAAAGAGAGUAAAAAAAAAAAGGACUUAAUCGGGCAUCUCUGUAAAGUGUACAUUGACUGGCUGCUAUCUAAUACCUUGCGAUUUUCUGUGCUUCAGUCGAUGUGGCAGGGUGGGCUUUUAUUUUAAUGAGCACUGUACAAUAAUCGAUCAACCCUUGUAUUCUGCCCUAAUGAGAUGAUUUUUUUUUUCUUUGCUUGUGCCGAAACCCCCAACUGGUUUCGGAUGGGCUGGUGUGUCUCUGUGCGAUUCCUUGUAAGGUAUAAUAAUAAUAAUAAUAUGUACAAUGGCGCCCCCUAUCUCUUGUAUAUAUGUAAUUGUGUACAGCUGUGAGGUGUUCUCAGAGUGGGACUGACGGCCAGUAGAGGGAGUUUUCGCACACCUUGCCACAUUACAGCUAAUCACCCGUUUCCCUUUGCCUGUAGUCUUGCAUGGUCAGAGAAAAAAGUACUUAAGCUAAUUAUAACAUAUACAAUUAUAGAGAACCGUGUUUAUAUAACAUUUAAGGAGCUGAAGGGUGAAUGUGGGUGAAUGUAUCUGUCGCUCGACAGGAAGUGAGGCUGCUUUAAAGGAAGCCAUUGGGGGGUACAAGCACUGUCGCUGUCAUUUUCCCACUUCCAACAGCCCUUCCUUUGUGUUUGUGAAACUCGCCCUCUCUGCGGCAGCCUUGCAUGCUUUAACUUCACCUUUGAAAGGUGUGUCUAACUAAGUCGAGAGCAUGAGCCUCAUCUUCACUUUUGGUUCCUUGUUCACAUCCACGCAAACUAAAUCUCGAAAUUCAUAUUUUUGUGUUGACUGAAGGGAAUCAACGUGCUUACUACCUAAACUUCACAGCAGGAGUUUAUUAUUAAAUUGUUGGAUUUGGGAAGUGCCUUUGAAAUAAUGCAGUUUCCUCCUCAAAAACACGAAUACAGUAAAAGCGACGGCUCUGAUAGAGGUGUCGGAUGUGUCAGGUCUGUUUACCCAAUCCCACUAUCCCCUACUCAUAUAGAUUUCCUAGUGUAGUCUAAGUGUCUGAUUUAAAGUCACUGUAUGUAUAAAAAAAAAAUGGGGGAAAAAAGGCACCUGGACAAAAAUCUGUUAUAAGCCCCAGAUCUGAGAACUGCAGUGGCCUCAGACAGUAUUUGGACAUUUACGACACACUUAAAAAUUGUAUUAUUACAUUAAAAGAAAAGAAAAGUUCACACAGGUGUAGUUCAUCACAUUAAAUAUCAACAUAUUCCACCAUCGUUUGACAACCGUAAAAUGUCCAAAGUUUCGUUUUGAGCAAUUUAUGUAUCAUUUAACAUAUUAGGUUAAAAAAAUUCUACUAUUAUUUUGUUAUAUGGAUUUACACGUAUUUUUUUAAUAAAUGUCUGAAGUGUCCAAUUAUGCUUUGGGGCCACUGUUUGUUCCCAUGUAACCCCUCCACAUUCACAUUAAUUGUUUCAUUUUUAAAAAGACGAGUAAUGGAGUUUAAAUUUUCACAAACACAUGGCUGAUGUUUUCAGUAUUAGGUCAAGUUUAGCUUCAUUGAAUAUACAUUAUGAAGUACACAGUAAAUUGAACAUAUAAUAUUUAAGUUGUACGGUUUUGUUUUGUACCUGUAUUUGUCUGAUUUGAUCCGUGUACUAAACAUUUUAAUAAAGGGAUGAAAUACA